CGUGCCCUUCGUGUCACUUCACAUUAACUCGGGUGCUUUAUGAAGUUGGUCCUUCAACCGAAGCUUUUCUUUUGUGUGUGCGUGUGUGUGUGUGUGUGUUACAGCGAGUGGCUGGUUUAUAAACCUGUAAUCAAUUGCAUAAACAUACUGUGUGCUUAGUGGGUAUUUCUCUGAGUAACUUCAAAAGGAGCAGAAACUGCCUUUGGUGCGCAGCGAGUACUUUGUUUGAUAUAGAGUCGUCAAAUACAAAUGCCGUUUGGAUACAUAAAUGCUCCCGAGCGUGGUCCCAGCCGCACAGACUGUGCCAGGUGUAAGAAACACAAGGUUUAUUCAUAAUUGGAGAAUAAUACUUUCUUCUAAAAAAAAAUAUUGCUCUGCAAACUAGCGUCCAUAGCAAUGGCACCCUUUGCUUCAACCCCUCAAGCACCUCUUCGCUGCACCCCAGCCCUUUUGGCCUCUGGUAGCUGGGACUUUGCACCCAAAAGCUCUCCUUCUUCAGACGGGGCAUGGUAGACAGGUGACAACUUGGCCACCGAGACCUCCCUGUCGUGUUGGCCAGCCAACGCGCUGCUGCCGCGCCCGGCAAAGCAGCGUUGCCCUUGAGACGGGCUUCUCAAAACGCGAAAGCAGCCUGCACCUCUCAGACCCGGCACGGAGAAGCACAGAUGUAGAAGACCCGGGGCGGGGGGCGGGGGCGCACCUGGCAGGCUGCCAUUUUUCCACUGGCCAAAUAGGUGGAAAAUUGCAAAACCUGCUGCCGUUUGCACCACCUCCGGCCCAGCGCGGUGGCGGGAGGCAGCUGGGACGAGCAGGAGGUUCGUCAGCGACGCAGCGGUGGCGGAGCGAGCGAGCGAGCGAGUGCGGCCGCCGGGAACGGGUGGCCGAGGAGACCCACGGCCAGCUCACUGGAACAUCACUACCCGACUCACCGCCGUGCAAAUCGGGCAGAGGAGCUGCUGGUUUGGGUUUUUUUCCCCCAAGAAGCAUUCCGGAGCACCUUUCCUUCAAGACUGGACAAUGAAAUAGAGUACUUCUAGUCCUGUGUUCGGUAUGAAGGAUGUGAACGCGUCUGCUUUGUCACGUAAUAUUGUGAAAGUGAGAAACGGCAAGAGGCACUGCUGACAUUUAAAAAACAAUCAAAUCGCAGAAUGCACGCCACAUCCCAAAAAGAAGCUUUUUCCAUCCCCUCUGAAAUCCAGUCAAAAUUUAUUUUGCAAGAAUUGCUGUUUACAGUUGCAGUUGUUUUGAAAAAAUAUUAUUGUUUUGUUCAAGCUCAGGAUGGAAACACAUUUCAGAGCCUUAUAAUUUCCGAUCAGACAUUCCAUUUUUGACCAGCUUUUCACCAGGCUCACGAAAAAAACCUAGUAGCUUUUUGCUUCCUUGUUCUCCCAGCUGCGAGGCUCAGCAUUUAUCCCCUCUGGAGGAGCUUCCCGAGCGCAGGAGAAUCCAGCUCGCAGCCCUGCCAGCAGAUCUCCUCCUGUUAUGGGAAUUACACAUGCCGGCCGCCACGGCAGGGCUGGACGCCAGGACUCGGCGGGCUGGUGAUGUGGAAGCCCUCUCUCGGGCUCUCGGCACGGGCUGGCCGGCAGCAGGAACACCCCUUCACCUUCUCCCCUUCCCUCCACGGCGCAGCUAUAAAUGGCCGUUCUGGAUGAGCCGCUCAUUCAUUUUUUUUUUGCAGCUGCAUCUCUUCAAGCGUGGUUCCCGUAGACUUGCUGUCCCCCACACUGGUCCUCCCUUUCCCAGAGCCCUUGCAUGUUUGCCAAGACCCGGGAGGUGGGUGAGAUGUCCUCAUCUCACCCCUGCUUCUACCUCUGAUCAUAGAAUCACAGAAUUACAGAAUGGUUUGGGUUGGAAGGGACCUUAAAGCCCACCCAGUGCCACCCCCUGCCCUGGGCAGGGACACCUCCCACCAGCCCAGGUUGCUCCAAGUCCCGUCCAACCUGGCCUUGAACCCCUCCAGGGAUGGGGCAGCCACAGCUUCUCUGGGCAACCUGGGCCAGGGGCUCACCACCCUCACACCAAAGAAUUUCUUCCUCAGAUCUCAUCUAAAUCUCCCCUCUUUCAGUUUGAAGCCGUUACCCCUCACCCUAUUACUUCAUGCCCUUGUAAAAAGUCCCUCCCCAGCUUUCCUGGAGCCCCUUCAGGGACUGGAAGAGGCUCUAAGGUCUCCCCGUAGCCUUCUCUUCUCCAGGCUGAACCCCCCCAACUCUCUCAGCCUGUCUUCUUAGGACGUUCGCCAAGAGCCCGGCUCGAGCACUCUUUGCACAGGCAGAGCUGCCCGUGCCCCUGUUCCCCCUCCUCUGCCUGGGCUGGGAAAUCGGUGCCUGCCAUAGCGCAGUGGUAUCAGACCCUCGCCUCCUGCAGGGACGUGGGGCCGCAGAGUACAAGACACCGCACGUGCAGGGCCAUGCCCCAUUGCCCCUGGAGCUGCAGCAAGCCCACCUCCCCCCCCGAACUCAGGCUGCAUUCACAGGACUCAACAGCUGGUGGGAGGGAGAGUGCUUUACUUGUUACAUAGAAAAAUACAUAAAAUCUAAUUUUUCUCCAAAUUAUUAUGAAGUAUUGUUCCUUGCCCGGCACCCCCCUACAUACAUUGCCAUGAUAUCCUACUUUGGCAUCUAACUUAACAACAAAUCUCCCAUGGAGCUUUACACACUGGGAAAAGGGGGAUGUUAAGACUGCUGCUUGCGGUGUGUUUCAUUUGGGAGAGUGUCCUUAGAAGAAAUAAAUCCUCCAAGGAUGUUCUCCACGAACUCUCCAAGGAGCACGGUAAAGUUUGAUUUAUAUCACCAUCUUGUCACUGAAAGAUAUUCUCAGGGUCUGCUUUCACGAUGGAUUUACUAAAAAAGCAAAAAGGAAAAAAAUGGUGCAAAUCCUGAUGAUGAAGACGUGAGAAAGGUGGCAGAGAAGCCGGGGACCUGGAGGCUGGACUCAAACAGGGAAGUGGUGGCAAUGCUGGACUGACACUGCCAGGAGAUGGGCUCCAAAUCACCGCGAAAAAAGUAUAUCAUGCAGUGAAUACGUAGAGACCUGAAUGGAUAACCUCUCCUCUAGAGAGCGGAGAAAAAUGACCUUGGAUGUUACAAAGAUUGACUUCCUUUGAACUAAUAAAAGCCAAUAGCCAAACAGCUUUUGUCAUGUGAAUGACAGCUCCAUACAGAGCUGGGCUUUUAGGGAGUGUGUCUUAGUACAGAAUUCAUCCAUAAUAUAUGCUGAUUUAUUAACAUAUAGCAGCACCUUACGAUAGCUUAAUAAAAGCCAGAUGGACUGUAAAAGCACGCUGUUGUAUAGCUGACAGAUGUCCAACAUAAGAAUGAUUUUAACUCUCGGCUUUUCUGCUUCUGUAUGUUUUUUUGUCUUGGCUUUUCAUUAACCUACUUGAAAGGAAUAUUUAAAGCAAUACAGGUGAUUCGUGUCUGUUACGGUUAAGGAAUAUAAAUUUCCCUGGCAGCAUGCUGUAUUCUGUCAGCCUAUGUUGGUGUUUGUGCUGAACACGAUGUUUGCGAGGAUACUUGUCCUGACAGCCAGUAAAUACCAUGAGUUAAAAGUAAGCAAAUACAGGCCCUGAAAGGUCACCCCAGGACGGUAGUUUUGCUUAGAACCUCUUGAAAAAGAGUGUCGAAGAUGUGGCAUUCUUCGUGCCUUUUCAAUGCUCCUUGAGGGUUUUGUCGGGGCAUCAGCAAACCCUGUUUUUGGAGGGGAGGGCAGGAGAAGCUUGUGCGUGUGUGAGAAGCGGCUGCUGAAGGGCCGGGGCAUUCUGCGCGUCUGGCAGCUCAUCAAAUUUCACGACUUGUUGUUUGGUUGGUUGGUUGGUUGGUUGUUUUCUUUACGUCCACACUCUGUUUUCCCCCCCUGCUUUCUUCUCAAUGGAGUUGCUCCCCCACAAGACCUUCAGAUCACCGAUCCUGGACUCUUAGGUGCUCUUGAUAUAGAGUGGAAGCCUCCACACAAUGUACAAACCUUCAGUGACUGUGCGGUCAAAUACAAGUUGGAAUACCGCAACAUGGGUGACAGAGACUGGAAGGUUAUUUUUACUAGGAAGCUAAAAAUCAGAGUUGGAUUUGACCUCAGCAGGACCGCCGAAGUGAAGGUGCAGACACUGCUCAAAGGACGGUGUACCGAUGACGUGGAGGUGCAAAGUGACUGGAUUUAUGCUGCCUUUCAGGUCCCAUUGCAAGGAAAACUGGAAUCAGAGGUUCAGAAUUUCCACUGCAUCUAUCAUGACUGGGAAUACCUCAAGUGCACUUGGCAACCGGGUCUCCUCGCUCCUCGCGGUGUACAUUAUGGGCUAUAUUAUUGGUACGAGGGGCUGGACCAGGCUGCACAGUGUGACGACUACGUUCAGGAUCAUGGUCUAAACGUGGGCUGCGUGUUGCAAAAUCUGAGCCAGGCAGAAUAUAAGGAUCUGCGCAUCUGUGUCAACAGUUCUGCGGCAGCCACCCUGCUGCGGCCGCUGUAUACCACCCUUCGCCUCCACAACCUAGCAAAACCCUCGCCCCCGAAGCAGCUGGUGGUCUCCAUGUCCGCGGCGGAAGAGCUGCGGGUGGCCUGGAGCCCGCCAGGGCGGGGGACGCCACCCCAGUGCCUGGAGUACGAGGUCCAGCUGGCCGAGGAGGAGGAGGAGGGGGAGGCCGAGGCUGCCUGGGCGUCUGUGUCAACCCAGAUGGAGACAGCUUUAACAAUUUCCAGAGCAAAUCAAAGCCGCAUUUCAUGUGUUCGUGUCAGGGGGAGAACAAAUAUUUUCUGUGCUGACCGGGGCUUUUGGAGUGAAUGGACACGGGAGUGUUUCUCUGUGGCCAGAAAAGAGGACAAGCAGCUAUUUAUCCUCAUUCCAGUCAUUCUGAGUUUGUCAAGUAGCCUCCUAAUAUUUACGUUGAUUGGCCAGUGCAAGAAAAGAUCCCCAACAGGAAAGCCAUCGCAUGCACCGGUGGGAUGCUAACUCUGCUUGCCACUGCCAUACCGCUUGUGUUUGAUGGAUUCCUCUUGCAACAUCAUCCCAAGGACAGCUAAGACGCCCUGAGUUUUCUGUAGCCCACGUGGGUUUUUCCCUACCUACUGCCAUUUGCAAGGCUGGUUGUUGCAAUUCAAGUCCUCAACGAGCCCUGGAAAACAUUGGAAGAGUUUUAAUCUGACUCUGGAGCACACUGUUUCUGAUCAACAGGGCAAGGGAAAAAAAGGAGGCAGUGGGAACUGCCAUGAAUAAAGAUAACACGUUUCUCCGUGGGUUUGUUUGGAGUUUUUUUCAAGGUCUCUAGAAAUCUGUCAACAGGACACAUGCUGAAGGGCAGCACCUCACACACAGUGCGUCUCCCUGCAGAGCCAUGGGCCACCAGGGCAGGGCAAUCUCCAGGGGACCAAGCCUGGAUCCCCUGCUCUGCCAGACCAGGGGGAGCAGAGAUGCCCCACCAAUCUCAUUCUAGGCCUUUUGGGUACUUUCAGGAACUGCAGGAAUUUGUCACAUCCAGAGCUGGGUAGCAUUUGGGCUAUGGGUUUUCAGAACUGCCACCAGGGCAACAGUUACUGCAUUAAUAACAACGGUUAAAAGAGAAAACUAUUGGGAAGAGUCCCCUUGAGAUUUACCGUCACUGGAAAUAACUCCUGGUAGGCCUUUGGUGUUCUGCCGGCCUCUUCAACAGUUUUAACGCCUACUAAAAACACGCGAGUGCGUUGUGACCCUCCCCCAGGGGAAAAGCGAGGCCUCAGCCAGAGCCCACCCUGCUGCCCUGGGUACACCCGCUGUGAUCUCACCCGCUUCACCGCGCAGGAACGCCGGGCAUGGGCAUUUGGAGCGGGCCAAAAAGGUGCAGCCAUCCCAACCUGCUGGAUGGGUUCAAGCUGGGUUAGAACUUCUAGUCUAAUUUUGUCCAAAAAGAGGUAAGAAGGGAAGAAUAAUUAAAGAGAAUGGGCGCAGGUAAGAGGUGGUGAAGGAACAGAUGUCCUACCUCCAUAGCUAGAACUCACCCCAAAAAAAGAUCAGAGCUAUUUCAGUAACCACAAAAUAUAAAAGUUAGGCUGAAGCCUGCCUAGAAACCUGCCUAGUAACAGAGUGAUAAAUUAAGUACAUCUACUUAUGGUAUCUGGAUGCUGCGGCUUUCCAGGCGUGUUUAGGUACGGAAAGCCAGCCUGGCCCCGGCGCGGGGCUCCAGCAGCAGCAAGACGCCACCACCCCCCUGGGCUUUCUCACAGCACCACAUCU